GGCGGCCAAGUGAAGUAGCAAACCUCUGCUCAGGUAGAUCGGCCAACACAACAAACACACACCUGAAUACCUGUUAAGCUCGUUACCAUUCGUAAACGUUAACACAGAUGGCUUCUAGAUGUGGGCAGGGACGGGCAGCAGGGUCCCAGAGGAGACGACAGGAGAGCUCAGUCCAAGUCCACUGUAUAUACCGCUCCCUCAUCUCACUGGAAAUGAUUGGGAGUCCCACAGGGCGGUGCUCAACUGACCUCCAGGACACAUACCUCCUCCAUGGGGAGCCUAGCCCCCCUCUCAGUAACCUGUCUCUCCAUGCCUCCUGGUGGUCUGGCAGGGACGAGCACAGAGAGACAGGGCCCUCUCUUGGCAGGGACGAGCACAGAGAGACAGGGCCCUCCCUUGGGGAGCAACUGGUUGAGAGAAAUCAGCACGUUGCCAGACUACAGGAUGCACUGAGACGCGAGAGAGAGAAGGGUUCCAGCCUGCAGUGUCGGUGUAAUCAGCAGGGGUCAGAGUUGAGGCGUAGAGAGCAGCACAGCGCCAGACUGAAGGAGAGACUAACCCAACUUGCAGAGAGACACAGAGAGAGAGGCGCCUCCAUGGAGCUGUUGAACCCGGUGCCCAGAGGUCAGGUGAAAAGGGACAGACCAGCCAGGACCAACGGAAGGAAGGAGGAGGCAGCGCUACGUGUGAUGCUGGAGCGGCGAGAGGCGGAGAUAAGGGAGGCCAUGAAGCUCCGACACAAACUCACCACGCUACUGCACGCGCUUAGAGCAGACAUGGAACGGACCCUAUUGGACACUGUGGGUGACCAGGAAGAGGACCCAGACAGCGCCAAUAUGCUGGUCCAGUCAGAGGAGUCCCUGGGCGAACAUGUGACAGGGGGUGUGGUCCAGGGAUGGAAGAGUGUGCAGAGGAGACUAGGGGACCUCCUGAGUCAGGGUCACGUGGCUGUGGGGACCGACCAGGAUAAGCUCUUGGCCCAGCUAGAGACAGAGUUGGAUCAGAGUCAACAGUUGGUCAAACUGCAGCAGCAUCUACUACAGGACAGUGUGAUCACUCCGGUCCCGGCCGCUCUGACAGACUGCUACUUCCUGGAAGAGUGGGAGCGGCUUCAGGACAGCUGGGCGGAGCUAGAACACCAGAAGCGGAGCUUCCAUAGGGAGAGACGGGCCUUCACCGACGCUGCCAUCCGAUUGGGCCACGAGAGACGUGAGUUUGAGCAGCAGAGGGCCUGUGUGGUGAAGCAGCAGUAUCUGUUUGACUCUCCGUUGGGGAGGACGUUGCAGCGUCACAACAGGAGAGAGAGCACCGUCCUCAAUCUCUCAGAUUCUGAUCACAUGAUCUUGUCCGGCUGCCGGCCGGCCACGCCCUCCUCUGCCGAGUCUGGGAUCAUACCCUGGUUAGGGUCAUCGGUGUCUCUGCAGGUUCAUGGCAAAGUCAAAGUUCACACGCCCAGCACCCCGGAGCUCUACUCUGCCCUCCAACUGCCCUACAGCUGCAGGUCCAGUGAGAGUGAUGCCCAGUCAGAGUGCUGGGAUGUGGGGGCAGAGAGGCUCCAGUUCGCCCCCCCUGGUCCUCACCUGGACGGGUCAUUUCAGUAGUAUUGCUGUUUUAUAUGUCGUUUCCAUUGUAUGUUUUAUAAUUUUGUCUGUUUCAGUUUGUCGUUUCUAUUGUGUUUUAUGAAAUCGUUUUUUAAUGUGAUUAAUAAAGAUUAAUUGUUUGACAGGUU